AUGGAAAAUGAAGCUAAAAUUUUUGAUAAUAGCUUUAAAAAUUGGAAAUUUUUGUCGAACUCACAACCAGAUCUGCCAGCGACAAUUUGGGUUUGCUGGGAUCCAAAUUUCUGCGAUGUUUUGAUGGUCCAAAAAUCAAACCAGUUUAUUUUUGUUAAAGUGACAGUUUUUGAGGGUGAUCUCAGCUUCUUCUCUACUUUUGUUUACGCUGAAAAUAAGCAUGAGUUGAGGCUUCCCUUGUUUUUUGAUCUAAAGAAAAUUGCUCUCAAUUAUGCUAGUCACCCUUCUGUUUUUCUUGGUGACUUUAAUGUUGUCCGCUUUUCAUUUGAGAAAAUGGGGGGGAGGGAGAACUGGAGUCGUGCCAAUGAGGUGUUUAAUAGUAUGGUUUUGGACUCUGAAUUGGAAGACUUGUGUUGCAAAGGGUGUCAAUUUACUUGGUCAAAUAAGCAGGGGGGUGGUAACUUCAUUACCUCGAAAAUUGAUAGAGUCCUUGUCAAUGAGAGGUGGUUAACUGUUAACCCUAACUCGUAUGCUCUUUUCUUGCCCUUGGGAGUUUCUGAUCACUCCCCUGUGAUUGUGCAACUUGGAGGUGAGGAAACGAAGCUUAAGAAGCCUUUCAAGUUUUUUGACUUCUGGGCUACCCACUGUGAUUUCCUCCCCAGUGUGUAUGGUGUUUGGAGGAAAUACAUUAGGGGUUCUCCCAUGUUCAGGGUUUGUCAAAAGCUUAAAACUCUUAAGCCCAUUCUUAAAGAGUUGAACAAAAAGGAAUAUAGUGAGAUUUCCACUCGGGUUGGUGUUGCCAAGGAUCAUCUCCUUAAUUCUCAAAUCAAGCUUGAUAAAGAUCCUUUAAACUUAACUCUUCAAGAGACUGAGAGGGCUGCUUAUGUGAAAUAUGUUGACCUUAGCAAAGCUGAGGAGAGUCUUGCCCACCAGAAAUCUCGAAUCCAAUGGUUAGGUUUAGGGGAUAGGAAUUGCAAGUUCUUCUUUAGAAAUGUUAAGGGCAAUGUGAAUAAGGGGCGGAUUCACAGUGUUGUGCUCCCUAAUGGGGAUAGAGUGACUAAAAGUGCUGAGGUUCACCACUCCUUUGUGGACUAUUUCACAAAUUUGUUUGGGAAACCUUUUGGUGAUCAAUAUAAUGGGUAUGAUAGGAUUAGUAGCCUUAUCAUCAAAAGAGUGUCUGAGAGUCAAUAUCAAAACCUUGCUAGGGAAGUGACUGAGAAAGAGAUCAUUGAUGCAUUCAAGUCCCUUAAAGCUAAUAAAGCCCCUGGCCCUGAUGGGUAUUUUGCGGGUUUUUUUCUGAAAUCCUGGGAUAUUGUGGGGAGAGAAGUUGUUGAAGCAAACAAAUCUUUCUUUACAUUGGGGGAACUUCUUCAGGAAUUAAAUAGCACCACCAUUGCUUUGAUUCCGAAGAUCCCCAAUGCUGAAAAGUGGGGGAUUUUAGACCUAUCUCGUGCUGCAACACUUUGUAUAAAUGUAUUUCUAAGAUAA